AUGGCAGAACCUCAGAUCACAACUAUCUCUUCAGAUGCUGAGGAACAGGAAGACAUGGGGUUCCAGCUCUUUCCCUCGAAAGACGAUACCGAUCAAGGCGGCCCUACCCUCGGCGACGACUCCUUACAAUCUCGAGGUGAACGUAAGGCUCGGAAGGCUCUCGCCAAACUCGGUCUCAAAAAAGUCCCUGGGAUCUCGAGAGUCACUAUGCGACGCUCGAAAGCUCAACACUUUUUUGUGAUCGCGAAUGCGGAGGUGUACAAGUCACCGCACUCCAACUGUUACAUAGUGUUUGGCGAAGCCCGCACGGAGGAUGCGGCGGCGGGUCUAGGGAACCUGACCGGAGGAGGAGGAGCACAGCCGAAUGCUGGGGGAGGAGGCGGCUUCCAGCCCGAGAUGAUGAUGUCGAACUCCGCUGCGGGUAAACAAGCGGCCAACAAGCAAAAGGAUGAGCCUGAGGAUGCCGAGCCCGAGGACGCUGAGGGAAUCGAUCCCGACGAUAUCGAAACCGUCAUGGGUCAAGUUAAAUGUAGUCGCAAUCGAGCCAUUCGGGCGCUCAAAUCAAGCGACGGUGAUCUCAUAAACGCCAUCAUCUCUGCAGCUUAA